CUCUAUUUUAAGUCACUGCUGGUUUCACAGAUUUCCCACUAUACCCAUUCACUCUCCCCAAGAAGAGAUAUUGUUUUGAGUUUGAGGACGCUAAGCACACUGAUUUUCACAAAUCAGGCUCGGACUUUUCGGUUUGAAGCAUACAGAUUUUGGUUGAAAUCUUGGUUUCAUGUUGCAGUGCUUAGACGGAUUGAAGCAUUUAUUUGCUUCUGUAUUACACUGUUGUGAUAUUGAUUUGUACAAGCAACCCAAAGGUCUCGGGGAUCCUGAACUUCUCGCAAGGGAGACAGUUUUUAGUGUAAGUGAAAUAGAAGCACUUUAUGAACUCUUCAAGAAGAUAAGCAGUGAGGUGAUAGAUGAUGGGCUGAUUAACAAGGAGGAGUUUCAACUGGCCUUAUUCAAAACAAACAAAAAGGAGAGCUUGUUUGCUGAUCGGGUGUUUGACUUGUUUGAUACAAAGCACAAUGGAAUUCUAGGUUUUGAAGAGUUUGCUCGUGCUCUUUCUGUCUUCCAUCCAAAUGCUCCUAUUGACGAUAAGAUUGAGUUCUCUUUUCAACUAUACGAUCUCAAGCAGCAAGGUUACAUUGAGAGACAGGAGGUUAAGCAAAUGGUAGUGGCUACACUUGCCGAGUCUGGCAUGAACCUUUCAGAUGAUGUUAUAGAAAGUAUAAUUGACAAGACUUUUGAGGAAGCUGAUACAAAACAUGAUGGGAGGAUUGAUAAGGAAGAGUGGCGAAGUCUAGUUUUGCGACAUCCAUCCCUUCUGAAAAAUAUGACCCUGCAAUACCUCAAAGAUAUCACCACGACAUUCCCGAGCUUUGUUUUCCACUCACAAGUCGAUGAUACCUGAAAUCAGCAAUUGGGAUAAAGCUUUCAUUUGGACUUAUUUCAUACGAGGCUUUGGUGGCAGAUUCAAAUAUAUGAAUUGGAGAAGAGUGAGUCUCUGUGAUGUUCUGGUUCAUUGGUUAAUUUUUUUUUCUUCUUCUUGUGUGCAUCCAUAUUCAACCAUUGAAUAUUCUGUUGGUUCUUCUUCUUAGUGAUUUUGGUUAAUUCCAGAUGGUCUUAAUGUAAAAAAGAAUUGUGGGGCCAUUUGAAAAGAAUUUUUCAAUUUCUAUUCU